AUCAGCACCCUCCGAGUUGAUGGUCGAUACCGCGACUUUGAACCAUGGAUAGAUAUGAGAGAGAAAAUUUUUUAAUGUUAGUUAAAUUCCUAAAAUUUAGGAGUUUUUAAUUUUUUGUUUUACUUCACUUUUAAAUGAAAGGUAUAGUCUGGUAAAAUUGACAAAAAAUGGACUUCAUAACAAAUAAGUUUCCUUGGCGAACUUAAGUCCAAACAAGUCCAUAUAGGGGGAUCGACUUCCAAAUUUCCCAAGAAAGAACACUUGGAGAGGCAUUAGAAAUGCCUCAGCUUUGGUGAGGCUUGACCCAACUCAUUUGAGAGUAUCAAUGUUAACCAUUGGCCUAAAUGUCCAAGCGCUCAAUGCUGAUGAAUAGUUAAAGAGUCAAAAAAAUGUCUAAUUUUAUGCAUUAUUCUUUUGACAUAUAAAAGAAAAAUUAGACUAAUACUGUUGAUCUCAAAAAUUGUUCACCGCAGUGUUUGAUUGGAAUUAUGAUUUGGCAACUGGCGAGAAUAAUCUUGCAAGAGAAGUUGAGGACCAAAGGGACUUCGAUGGUCGACCCUUCGAUGACAAAGUUAGAAAUGAAUUAAUGUAAGAUAUUAUAUUUACCUGAAUGAUGCCUAACUUGGGCUUUUUAUAGGUCAGAAGAUUGAACCGUUGAAGGAUCUUCAACUGUUAUUUAAAUGGAGAGGCACUAGAAAUGAAAUAGAAGAUGACAUCCUCUAACGUGGAUAUCUCAACUGGUAUGAAUUAGUCAAAACUUGCAUAGCUAAAGAGCUUCCGAGCUAGGAUACUGGCGAGCAAGGAGCUGAGGCCCUUUCCGAGUCAUGGAGCCCUUUCUCUAGCAACUGAGUUCCUCUGCCGAGCUCGUGCUUAAUUUAUUAUUAUCAAAUACUAUGAAAGAAAAGUUAAAUUGAUUACCAUAGUAAGUUACCAUCGGUAAAUCAACUAAACCUUGGAGCAAUAUUGCAUUCCCAAAAUUUUCAUUAGGUGAUGAAGAACCGCUAGAUCAAAAUUAUGUAAAAUUAGAAAAUAUUAGAGGGCCUUGUUAGACUCGAAUGAGUUCAAGUAAGUACAUCUUCUACCCUUUACUCAAAUUUAACUGAGUUUUGUUCUAUCCUCAAAUUCAUAUUAAAUGAAGAGAAAUUAAAAUCUCCGGUAGUUAUGUUUCACUUUCAUUUAAAUUUGAGUUCAUUUAUUAGAAUGUUUUGUAUCAAAUAAAACUUUUACUUAGUCUUAUCAAAAAUAAAGGUCCCUGCAACACCUAGUUUCAAUACUCUCCAAUUUGAAAAUGCUAUCCACAUUUUAAUGGUAACAGAAAUACAUCUGACCUUGAAAAUAUACAAGGAUAGUAAAGCUUUCAUCGCUUAGAUUUAGGGCAAUAAGACGCACCACAAAUAUGAUAAGUAAAGAAUAGAGAUGACCCAAGUAAAGCUGUCUUCAGCUUUAACUCCCAUUUAAUCCAAAAGCUUUUGGGAUUAGCCUCAAUCCCAACAUCGACGAUAUGGAAAAAGGAAGAAUCGGACAGAGAACAAUUUUGGAGAGAGGAUAGGAGACAGCCCAAAUAGAGUCCGUACAUGACCCACUUAGGGGAGGCUGAUUGACCCAAAAGCCCAAAUAGAGUCCGUACACAACCCACUUAGGGGAGGCUGAUCGGCCCAAAACAGAAGCUUGAUGUUGCAUCAUUGGUGCUGCAAGCUCUGGCUAUGGCCGCUAUGAUCAGACUUGUCAUAUAGUUCUCAGGGAAUAAACAAUGAGUUGAUGACCCAGUAAAGUACAGAGGGGAAGAUGAUGAGAGUUGCAGGGAAGAGGGUAUCUCCUUCUUUGCCUCCAUGGCUUCUGAUCCAAACUGCCAAUUUCACCACCCAACAUGCUUUCUCUUCCCCAUCAGAAUCCCAUUACUCGAAUACCGAAAUGGAUGCCGCUCAAGAAGCCCACAACAGAGAAGCUUUCCGACAAGCCAUCGUCAACACACUUGAGCGUCGUCUCUUUUACAUACCCUCUUUCAAGAUCUACCGUGGCGUUGCUGGUUUGUACGAUUAUGGGCCUCCCGGUUGUGCCAUCAAGUCCAAUGUCCUUGCUUUCUGGCGUCAGCAUUUUGUUCUGGAGGAGAACAUGCUAGAAGUUGAUUGCCCAUGCGUGACACCAGAGACUGUGUUGAAGGCAUCGGGUCAUGUCGAUAAAUUCACUGACCUUAUGGUUAAGGAUGAAAAGACCGGUACUUGUUACCGUGCGGACCAUUUGCUAAAGGAUUUUUGCAAGGAGAAGCUUGAGAAAGAUCCUAAGAUCACUCAGGAAAAGGCAGCAGAGUUCAAACACAUCCUUGCUGUGUUGGAUGAUCUUUCUGUCAAAGAACUAGGUGCAAAGAUUAAGGAUUAUGGUAUUACUGCUCCAGAUACUAAGAACCCUCUAUCUGCUCCCUAUCCUUUCAACCUAAUGUUUCAGACCUCAAUAGGGCCAUCUGGUUUGAGCCCUGGGUACAUGCGCCCUGAGACAGCACAAGGCAUUUUUGUGAACUUCAAAGACUUGUACUACUACAAUGGGAACAAGCUUCCUUUUGCUGCUGCUCAAAUUGGUCAAGCUUUUAGGAAUGAGAUAUCUCCAAGGCAAGGUCUCUUACGAGUUCGUGAAUUUACACUGGCUGAGAUUGAACAUUUUGUGGAUCCUGAUGAUAAGGCUCAUCCGAAAUUUUUUGAAGUUGCAAAAUUGGAAUUCUUAAUGUUCCCAAGGGAAGAUCAGGUGUCUGGACGAUCAGCAAGGAGAAUAAUUAUUGGGGAAGCAGUUUCUGAGGGAGUUGUCAACAAUGAAACACUAGGCUAUUUCAUAGGGAGAGUGUAUUUAUUCUUGACGUCUCUUGGUAUCAACAAAGAGCGGUUGCGGUUUCGGCAGCAUCUAGCAAAUGAGAUGGCACACUAUGCUGCAGACUGUUGGGAUGCUGAGAUUGAGUGUUCCUAUGGUUGGAUCGAAUGUGUUGGUAUCGCUGACAGAUCUGCAUAUGAUUUGCGUGCACACACGGACAAAAGUGGUGUGCCUCUUGUGGCACAUGAAAAAUUUGCAGAGCCUAGAGAAGUGGAGAAACUUGUUAUAACUCCAGUGAAGAAGAAUCUGGGCCUUGCAUUUAAGGGUAACUGGAAGAUGGUGGUUGAAGCAUUGGAGGGGGACAACAUUUUUCUAACAGGUUUGCAAUUAUUCAUAGAAGGAAGGCAGGCUAUGGGGGAAAAACAAGCUAUGGAAAUGAAAGCCAUUUUGGAAUCCAAGGGAGAGGCUGAGUUUCAAAUUUGUACUCUUGGAAAGGAUGUAACUAUAAAGAAGAACAUGGUUACCAUAUCCAAGGAAAUGAAGAAGGAACAUCAAAGAGUUUUCACGCCGUCAGUGAUUGAGCCAUCUUUUGGGAUUGGAAGGAUAAUCUACUGUCUAUAUGAGCAUUCUUUCUACACAAGACCUAGUAAAGACGGGGAUGAACAAUUGAAUGUUUUUCGUUUCCCUCCCCUGGUAGCACCUAUCAAAUGCACCGUAUUUCCACUUGUUCAGAAUCAACAAUAUGAGGAAGUUGCUAAAAGCAUUGCCAAAUCAUUGACUGCAGCUGGAAUCUCCUACAAGAUUGAUAUAACAGGUACUUCAAUAGGGAAGCGAUAUGCGAGAACAGAUGAACUUGGGGUUCCUUUUGCCAUUACAGUGGAUUCAACAUCGUCGGUCACAGUCCGGGAAAGGGACAGCAAGCAGCAAAUUCGCGUGAAUGUGGAAGAGGUGGCAGCUGUAAUUAAGGAGCUUGAACUUCCACCUAAUUCAACAGCUUUUGGGAUUAACCUCAACCUCAACACUGAUGAUAUGGAAAAAGAAGAUUGGACUGAGGACAAUUUUGGAGGAGGAGAGGGAAAGGGAGACAGCCCAAAUAGGGUCCAUACAUGUCCCACUUGGGGGAGGCUGAUCGGCCCAAAAAAGUUGCAUCAUGGAGACGAAUAUGAAUUAUCUCUGUUUGAGUGUUUUCUGAUGUUGGAAGCUUUGGCUAUGGCUGCAAUGAUCAGACUUGUCAAAUGGCUCUCAGGGAAUAAAUGA